CCAUGUUUCCAUCACAGAUCACAGAUUACUGAUUUCCUGUGUUCGCAGACGUCACUAAUCCGUGGUGGUGGACGACCAGACAUCAGAAAAAUAUCAGAAAUGGCAUUUCAGUGCAAUAGGAUUUUUCUACAAAAACAGUUGUCGGGGUAUGUUGUCCGUGGUAUUUUGCCUUCUAGGUUAAAAGUUCCAGCUGUUAGCGUGUCAAAUGUUGCCGCUGAAAGAGAGAAUGAAGACUUUGCUGCUAAGAAUGCAAGACUGGGUCGUCCUCAGUCACCUCAUCUAACCAUAUACAAACUACAGUUAACUUCUUUACUGUCCUUGACACACAGGGCAACUGGCAUGGCAUUAGGGGGCAUUGCAACUGUAUGGGGAAUAGGUGGUCUUUUCACAAGUGGCCAUUUCUCAGAAAAUUUGGCUGCACUUGAAAAUAUGCAUCUGAGUCCUGCAUUACUUCUGAUAGUAAAGGCAACCCUUGCAUUUCCUUUCUGCUAUCAUUAUGCAAAUGGAAUCAGACACUUGGCUUGGGACAUGGGUAAAUUUCUUACAAUCAAGGAAGUAUACUUGACAGGAUAUUCUGUACUUGCAGUCUCUGUUAUUUUCACAGCAUAUCUUGCUUCAUUGUAAGAUACUUGAGUAGUUUAAAUUCUUUCUACUAACAGGUUAUCAAACUUGCUUUAAAAUUUAUAUUGUCAAGUGAUCUUGAAAGAUAUUUUCCUGUAAAUUAAUCUUAGAUGUUAUAAUUAGUUGAUAGGAUACAUUGUAUGCAACUGUAUAUGUACUAAAUAAAUAUUGUGGAAUAGUUUGAAAAGUUUUGACGUUAAAAUUAUGUUGCACCUGAAUAAAAAACCUUUCAGACAAUUCCUAUGGCCCAACACAGUUCACUGUUGGGGUUGUUUACUGUCACUUUUCUACCCCUCAAACAUUACAGAUAAUAAAAGCCUAAAUUUUAAA